AUGGCGGCCGUUUCAGCACCUACCCCUAAGCUGGAUCGCUAUAUUGUCAUCCACGUUGCAACCACUUGUGACGAACAUGGCGUUUAUGUCACCAAGGACUCGGCCGAGGUGAUCGAAUUGGGUUGGAUUUUGUUGGACAGCAAGACCUGUGAGGAGUUGCACCGUGAAAGUGUCCUCGUCAAGCCCGUCAACACUCCCAUCACCCCACUCUGCACAAGCUUGACUACCCUCACAUGGGAGCACGUCCGCUCCGCAGGUACCUUCCGCGAUGCCAUUUCCCGAUUCGAUACUUUUGCCAACGAGCAUCUUACCAGCAAACAACUGGAGUUUGCUUUUGUGACGUUGGAUUCUUGGGAUCUGCGCGUGCAGUUGCCCCGCGAGGCCCGUGACAAGGCCCGCUGGCAAACCCACCACCCCGAGUCUUUGCCCUUUGGCCCCAGCUCCCUCUCCAACAUUUGUGCUGCCCUUGAAGUCGAACCCGUUCAGUCCUCGGCCCCCAUCAAACACAACCUGCCGUUCCACCUGCAAGCACUGGCUCCCGCCUCCCCGCGCCGCGCCAUGGAGGAGUCGAUCACCCUCGCCCGUGUCCUCCGCGGUCUGAUCCGCAAAUCCCAGCCUGCUCAGGAACACCCGGAGAUCCUCACUCGUCCCAUGGAUGCCCACGCCGAUGUGCGCGCUUUCCUGGCCGAGCGAAGCAAGGUUCUCCAUCUCAGUGGUCUGCCCCACGACACUACCCAGUCUGAGUUGGAGAGUUGGUUCACUCAAUUCGGUGGCCGGCCCAUUGCUUUCUGGACCCUCCGAACCCCCGAUCAGCACAAGCCCACCGGCACCGGAUUCGCUGUAUUCUCCUCCCACGAAGAGGCCGCCGAGAGCCUGUGCAUGAACGGCCGCGCUCUGAACGAGAAGGCCAUCGAGGUCUCCCCAUCUUCCAGCCGCGUUUUGGACCGCGCUGCGGAAAUCCUCACUCCAUUCCCUCCUUCUAAGAACCGUCCUCGCCCUGGUGACUGGACCUGCCCUUCCUGUGGCUUCUCCAACUUCCAGCGCCGCACUGCCUGCUUCCGUUGCUCAUUCCCUGCCAUGGCCGCCGCGCCCGACCCAAUGGGCUACGGAUACGGCUACGGACCCCCCCAACAUGAUGCCUCCUCACAUGGGCCACGGUCACGGAAUGGGCGGCCACUCGCGUGGUAUGGGUGGCGGUAA